CGAGCGCAAGUGAAACGUUGGUGCGGCCAGGCUGGAUUGGCUGCAGUUCUCUCACAAGUUACUUUCGAUUUUGUUUGUUUUUAGGAGGUUGUGUUUGAUCGUAGAGAGGUGACGUAAAAUAUUUUGGCUUUGCACUUAUGCAACAUCUAAGUUUGUGAUUGUGGUGGCAGUUUUGAACAGAACCAAGAAAAGUGCUGAUGAACAGAACUAGAUCUGUUGUGUGGACCAAGGUCAGCUAAAAGACUGGACAAGAACGCCAAGUUCCUAUUAUAGAGGAUAAGUCUAAAGGACAGCCUUUCCUAUCUGAAAGAGCUCAGUAAAGACUCUUCUACACCAAGUGUUUGCUUCAUGGGUGGUCAAAGUUCCACUCAGGCACCUGCUGUUUCCCUAAGGGAGAUAAUUGAACAUGAAACUAAGAUACAAAGGCUGAGAGCAGAGUUGGAGAGGGAGAGAGAUGAACGUAAGGAUGAGAGACGAAGGCUGAGAGCAGAGUUGGAUAGGGGGAGAGCUGAACUUGAGAAACUGUUAGGAAUUCAGAGAGCCAUCUCAGAGAGUACCAAUGAAACUGGAUCAAAGUCUUCUGACCAUAGCGAUGUGUCCAUGAAGAGUGACUGCUCAAAGGAUCUGCCAUUAAAAUUCAAAAGUACCGAUGAAACUGGAUCAAAGUCUUCUGACCAUAGCGAUGUGUCCAUGAAGAGUGACUGCUCAAAGGAUCUGCUGUUAAAAUUCAAAAGUACCAAUGAGACUGGUUCAAAGUCUCUUGACUCUGGCUGUGUUUCCAUGAAGAGUGACCGUUCCAAGGAUCUGCCGUUAUUUUUCAAAAGUACCGAUGAGACUGGAUCAAAGUCUUCUGACCUUAGCUGUGUUUCCAUGAAGAGUGACCGCUCCAAGGAUCUGCCGUUGAAAUUUAAAAGCAGUCAUGACGAGACUUCAGAGACCGGUGGAAAAAGAGACCUGGGCUCUAUAUUUCAGCUUGUCAAGGAGAACACAGUUUCUUUUGUAAAGACCCAACUGAAGUGGUGUCAGAAGGUUCUGAGCACAGAUUCCCCAGAUAUUCUCCGGUGGCUAUGUGGGGAAAAUGAGGAGGCUGAUAAGAAGAUCUGGAGGAGCAGGGACGCAUUUCUGACAAUCACACUGGACUUCAUGAGGACAAUGAACCUGGGGGACCUUGCAGACUCUCUACAGAACAAGCUCAACUUCAUCGUCAGAGGGACAUCAGCAGACAUCUCAGAGGCCUCAUCCCAAAGAGAUCGACAAAACAGAUCAUUCAUGACAAUUAUAGCUGACUAUUGUGGAAACCGGCUGAAAAAAAGGAAGGACUAGGUCUGAAAGUUUUGAAGAGUUUAAAUGCACAGAAAAUGACAGGAUCGUGUACUAAUGAGCAGCUAUCCACCUUAUUCCUAACCCCCAUGAUGCCUUGCAAGAAUUCUGGAUGAGACUUCAUGUCUUCUACUGGCGUUGUAUUAAGGAAGGUAAUCCUUACUGUUAGUGAUUUAGAGUUUAAAAUGUGUCCACAUAAUCUCAAACAGUAUAGUGUGACUGUUCCUCUGACAUAAACGAAUAAGAGAAAAACAUUCAGAUAAAACAUUCAGAUGUCUAUCUAAAAACAAGGUUGACUAAAGCCUAAACAUAAACAUCAGCAUGGAUACCUAGGAAAAUACAAUCACACAUUUUAGUUUGUUCAUAAAUUCUUAUUUUAUAAAUCAGUCCCACUUUUCAUGUGUGUUUCAGAAAAAUUCACGAGUCACAUGAUCACCUUUCAGAACGGUGAUUCUGAAAUCCAUAUUAAUUUAUGAAACAUCAUAUCCCUUAUCAUUUGGACAGUGAACAGCAUUAAAACACCACAGCUGGUAAAAACAGAGGUUUAACGUCAUCCAGUUUCAAAUUCAACAGCAAAUAAAAAACUCAAACAUUUCAGGAAAUGUAAGUUGCACCAUAAAAUAAUAUUUAGUUCGAUGUUUAAUUUAAAGUUUUAAGAAAUAUCCAAGUUAGUCUUACUAUGAGCUACCAGUGUGUGAAACACUACACUACAAUAAAGGUGAGAGUAGAUAAGAGUAGGAAAAGGCCCAUAAAUAGUUUAAAAAACUAUAAUAAUAAAAAAACGUGAUUGUGGAAUACACUGUUCUGUCAUUCUCAUGAAAAGAUUUGUACACAGUCUUGUACCUUUGCCGUUUUCUUUAUUUUUAAAUGCACUGAAUCAAAUACUUCAUAGUGAUGAGGAGGCAGGUAGCUGGUUAGCUUGGUUCAUGUAUUCAAAACGAGGAUUCAAGGAUUUUGCAAAAUGUUUAAUUAGAAUUUGAAUGGGGAAUUAACUCUUAAAACUAGAGCCACCAAAGAGGGGGUCGGGCACUACUGAGCUCUAUAUAACUGGAAUUUUCACCCAUAAUCAAACCAACAGUAGAGCCCCAGGAAUAAGGUGGAUACUUCACUCCCAUAGACAUAAUAUGGAAGUAGAUGCUAAACUGUUUGACUGGUCAGAUGUUGACGCCAUAUUGGUAGAGGCAGGUCUGCUAAAUAGGGCAAUACAAGUAGAUGAGGAUUAAAAGUAUUAAAAAGCACAAAUUAAUACAUUAAAUUGAUUCUAAUGAAACUUUUAAUGCUUAAGGAUCCAUAUUUAUGGAAGUAACGAUAAUGAAAACCACUGAGA